AUGGAUCGCUGUGGCAAACUUGAUAGGGUUUUGGGCCUGCGGUCGCGUCAGGUUCUUGCCAUCAUUUUCGGCAUAUUGGAAAUGCUCUUCUUUGGAGGCAUCAUUUUUGGUUUUAAUGUUCUUACUCCUGUUCUUCAAAAAGAAGGAGUUUUUGCAUAUCUUUGUGGCCAAAGUGUGAAUUUCACCUCUGGCUGCACUGAGCAGACAACAAUGUACGGUUAUGCCUUCAUAACCUACAUGGUUGCCCAAAUGGUCAUGCUAUUUAUUGUUGGUUUUCUCGUGGAUCGUGUAGGCCUUCGUAUUGUGAAACUAGGUGCAUCUAUGCUAUUCUCCAUUGGAGCGGUCCUCUUUGCAGUUACUGGUGCCACAAAUUCUUGGCUGAUUUUCCCUGCAGGGUCGUUCAUUUGCGUUGGUGGAAUGGCUGGUCUCAUUUGCAAUUUUUCCUUUUCAAAACUCUUUACGAAGACUUCGGUUUUCGUCCUUGCUUUAAUAACUGGUUCCUACGAUGCGGCCUCAUCAGUGUUUGCUGUUUUCGCGAUUGCUUAUGACGCAGGCUUUUCCUAUAAAUUAACUUUCUUCCUACUCGCAGGAGUGGGUUUGGCAAUGAAUACAUUUAGCAGUCUCUUUAUUGCUACAUAUCGUCUGUCGGAUAUGUCGACACUCCUUUACGAAAGGUCUGCCUUACCCUCAGGGUCGAAUGAAUCGGGACCGCAAGUGUUUGGUGAUGACGAUGAGGAAAAUAAGAGCGAUUCGCCUUCGAAAUUGACGGAACAAGAAGAACAAAUAUCUGACAUAAUCCGCAGCUACUAUCCAACAGUCUUAGCCUCCCUGCGGUCCCUCCCUUUUCUUCUUAUCACAUGUUUUUUCUCCUUUGCAAUGGUUCGUUUCACCUUCUUCUUGACGCAGUUUGGUGUUCUGACGGAAGCCCAGUUUCCAACCCAACCAGCAACUCGACAGCGCUUGGCUCAAGUUCUCUCAUUUUCCUUAGCCGGUGGAAUUUUUGCGGGAAUGGCAUGUGGUUUCACCAUUGAUUACCUUCGUUCACGUCUGCGGCCCUUCCUGACCAAGUGUCUGGCUCUUGGCGUCAAUGGCACUCUUUUCUGGUUAAGACUUUGUCCUCAUGCAGUGCCGAUGCUUGUUGUAACCACGGCGGCUACGCUUCUUAGUGCUUUCGUAUUUCUUCCUUAUGAGCAGGUGUUCUAUGUCAACUACUUCGUUCUGGUAGUGAUGCGCGGCUUCCUCUUUAGCACCAUCAGCUCCUUUAUUAUGACUGCCUUUCCAAUCGAGCAAUUUGGCACACUUUAUGGCAUCAGUGGAUCUCUGGCUGGUGCAUUCUCAUGCAUUCAGUAUGCUCAACUCUCGCUGCCAGUGACUACUGCAAACGUGAUCAGCUGCUUCUUCAUUCCAUUGAUGGGAGCUGUCCCCUUAACUGUCCUCAUCAAGGGAAUUAGAUCAUGGAAAAAAACUUCAAUGGACUGUCUGGAGUCCAAGAUUACCAACAAAUCAUCAUGA